CCGCACCCCGCGCCUCUCCGCUGGCCCAAGCACCAUGAGCGGCCGAGUCGGGGACCUGAGCCCCGCGCAGCAGGAGGCGCUGACCAAGUUCAGGGAGAAUCUGCAGGACCUGCUGCCCGCCCUGCCCAACUCUGAUGACGACUUUCUCCUGCGCUGGCUUCGAGCCCGAAACUUUGACCUGCAGCAAUCCCAGGACAUGCUCCAGAAGCACGUGGAGUUCCGGAAGCAACAGGACCUGGACAACAUCCUCACAUGGCAGCCCUUGGAGGUGGUCCAGCUGUAUGACUCGGGUGGCCUGUGCGGCUAUGACUACGAAGGCUGCCCCGUGUGGUUUGACAUCAUGGGCACCCUGGACUUCAAGGGCCUCCUCCUGUCGGCCUCCAAGCAGGAGCUGGUGCGCAAGCGCAUCAAAGCCUGUGAGCUCCUGCGGCGGGAGUGUGAGCAGCAGAGCCAGAAGCUGGGCAGAAAGAUCGAGACGGCGCUGAUGGUGUUUGACAUGGAGGGGUUCGGCCUGAAGCACCUGUGGAAGCCAGGUGUGGAGGUGUACCAGCAGUUCUUCGCCAUCCUGGAUGCUAACUACCCCGAGACGCUGAAGAACUUAAUUGUGAUCCGAGCCCCCAGGCUGUUCCCCGUGGCCUUCAACCUGGUCAAGUCGUUCAUGAGUGAGGACACACGCAGGAAGAUGGUGAUCCUGGGAGACAACUGGAAGCAGGAGCUGCACAAGUUCAUCAGCCCCGACCAGCUGCCCGCGGUGUUUGGGGGGACCAUGACCGACCCCGACGGCAACCCCAAGUGCCUGACCAAGAUCAACUUUGGGGGCGAGGUGCCCAAGAGCUACUACAGGCGCCAGCAGGUGAAGCUGCAGUACGAGCACACGGUGUCCGUGGGCCGCGGCUCCUCCCAGCAGGUGGAGAACGAGAUCCUCUUCCCAGGCUGUGUGCUGAGGUGGCAGUUUGCAUCAGACGGUGGGGACAUCGGCUUCGGGGUCUUCCUCAAGACCAAGAUGGGGGAGCGGCAGCGGGCAGGGGAGAUGACGGCGGUGCUGCCCAGCCAGCGCUACAAUGCCCACCUGGUGCCCGAGGACGGGAGCCUCACCUGUGCGGAGGCCGGCGUGUACGUCCUGAGGUUUGACAACACCUUCAGCCUGGUUCACUCGAAACACGUCAGCUACACCGUGGAGGUGCUGCUCCCAGACCAAACGCUCCUGGAGAAGACGGAGGAACAUUCUAGGUGAACCCUGCGGCCUCCACAGCUCUCCAGGGGCCACAUCUCUCCCUGGGGACUGAGACCAGAAAAUCCUGGGCCACUGGGACUGAAGCCAGACAAGCUGCAACCUGGGCUUCCCUCCCUGCGGAUGGGGAUCCCCCAACAGCACGUCACAGCCUGUCUGGCACAGCUGGCCUGCUCCUGCCACACAGAAGCAACACACUCUGUCCCCAUGUCACCUCCAGCCACCUCCAGCUCAGUGAAAAACCCCAGGCCUUUUCCUAUGCACCAAGACCAAGAAGCGAGUUACUAUUCCAGGAUAUGGCGUCGUGGCGAGCGUGCGGCACAGCAGUUAAGGGACUCCUUGAGACACCUGCGUCCCAUGUCGGUCCCUGCCAGGGUGACCCAGGGAGCUGGCUCGUGAUGGCUCAAGUGCUUGGCCCCGGCCACCUGUGUGGGAGACCCUGCUGGAGUUCCAGGCUCCCCGCUUGGGCCUGGCCCACCCCCAGCUGUUGUGGGCCUCUGGGAGUGGACGAGCAG